GCCACCUGGUCUGGCCCCGGCAGCGUCUCGACCCCCGGCCUGGCCCCACUCUGGCCCUGCCCGGACGAGGGCUCUGCCUGGCACCCAGGCAGCCUCCGGAGUAGCCGAAGCCCAUGAGGGCCGCGCGCCCCGCCGCGGCUGCUGACGAGAUGGAGCUCCCGGUCCCCGAGGAGGAGCAGAGGAUCAAUGCGAUUCAAGAAUCGAUUCCAGCGGUUCAUGAACCAUCGAGCCCCCGCCAAUGGCCGCUACAAACCGACUUGCUAUGAACACGCUGCUAACUGUUACACACAUGCAUUCCUCAUUGUUCCGGCCAUCGUGGGCAGUGCCCUCCUCCAUCGACUGUCUGACGACUGCUGGGAAAAGAUAACAGCAUGGAUUUAUGGCAUGGGCCUCUGUACCCUCUUCAUUGUUUCCACAGUAUUUCACAUCGUCUCAUGGAAAAAGAGCCACUUGAGGUUAAAUCUCCGUGAACUUGGACCCCUGGCAUCUCAUAUGCGUUGGUUUAUCUGGCUCAUGGCAGCUGGAGGAACAAUUUAUGUGUUUCUCUACCAUGAAAAGUAUAAUGUGGUUGAGCCUUUUUUCUAUCUCACAAUGGGAUUCUCCCCGGCCUUGGUGGUGACAUCAAUGACUAACACCGACGGACUGCAUGAACUUGCCUGUCGGGGCUUAAUUUAUUGCUUGGGAGUUGUGUUCUUCAAGAGCGAUGGCAUCAUUCCAUUUGUCCAUGCCAUCUGGCACCUGUUUGUGGCCACAGCAGCUGCGGUGCAUUACUAUGCCAUUUGGAAGUACCUUUACCGAAGUCCUACGGACUUUGUGCGACACUUAUGACCAGAGUGUAGUGGGUCUCCAAGCCAGUAUUAUCUCAGUGAUGGCACUUGGGAGUGGGGUAAGAGCUGAAAAUUGCACAGGGAGAGGAAGAAGAAGACAACUGCACUGACUUUCUUUAUGUCUUUUGAAUAUUAAUUACUGUGAAAGUAUAGAAGAGCUGUGUUCUCGAAUUUUCCCCCUCACAGCAAAUAGUGAAUUAUCCAUUCCAUUCCACUAUCAUGAAGGACUCUGAAUAGACUUGGCCAACUGAUGUUUACAAACCAGAAUUUUGUAUUUUAAUUUUACAGAUUUUACUACAUGGUUUUUCUAAAUUACUAGGUCGGGUUGUUAAAGUCAGUGCAAUAACAAAGCUUCCUUUUUAAGAAAAAAAAUUAUUUCUAUCACUUUCCCAUUCAGUGUGUAAAGAAUCAUGGACAGAACUUACACUACUUUUACCAUGUUUCAUCUUGGAAUAACAUGGUUCUUUUUUAAA